AUGUCCAACGCACCUCACCCUGCGCCAACAAGCGCAAGCAAUCCACCAAACUCCCAAGAGAGUCGCAAAAUGGCAAACAUCAAGUACGUAAAGAAAAGCUCUGGCGACGGACAGCAACCCCAAGCAGCGCCGGUAGUACGCGACUUCGCCAUGCGCCCUAGCAGAACCUCUCAGCGCGCAGCAGCUUCCGAACCUGAACCUGAGCCCACCCAUGUCCCUCAGAAGCCAGCGGCGUUCCCUUCGCUACCAGCCAACGCUCCACCACCGCCGUUUGACCCGAAAUUCUCGGGUCAUGGUAUGAGAGAGCUGAUGGCGGCUAUCGAGACCGGCGACAAGACGCGCAUGGAACACAUCAAAGACCACUUCAAGAUUGAAUACGAGGCGGGUAAAGAUCCCUGGUAUGUGGCCUUGAGGCGUCGCUGGGACCCUAAGAUGGUAGAUUCUAAGGUCACAUUCGAAUCUCUAUGGGUAUCACUACGCCAGACUAUCAUCGAGCAGAUAAAGGACGACUUCAUUCCCGGCACCUAUAUCAGUCGCUUCUACCCCGUAUGCUGCAUCCUGAGCCUCUCCAAGGCGAAGCUGGAUACGAUUAUGGCGGAGAACGCCGCAGUAUGGGAGACCGAGGCUGAGAUCCCACAAUACUUCAAAGACUACAGAAGGCGAUACCCUCAUGCUAUCAUCGACCCGGAAGAGCCUCCCCCGGUCGAAGUGGUGAAGGCGAUCAGAUUCUUGAGACAGCAAAGGCUUCCUGUUAGUUUGUUGGGCGAGUGGCAGGCACUGCCGGGACCUGAAACCCGCAAGCUGUUGAAACGUGCUGAAGGACAGGAGUCUCGACAAGCCGCAAGAAGACAAGAAGCAAUCAAAAAGCUGCGGCAAGAGCGAUGCCAGAAGUGUGAGGAGAAAGGUCACACGUUGUUGGAACUCGACGAGAGAGGAGUAUACAAAUGUCCUGCGCGCCGACAAGAAGUCCUGCAACAGCAGACAGAAGUCGACACCCUCCGCGCACAAGGCAACGCUGAAUAUGCAGCGCUCGAUCAACCCUCCGGUCCCGAAGAUGCCGCUCCAUACCUCGAAUACUUUCUCAACCUGAAAGCCAACCCGAACUCAAAUCCAUGCCUCGCCCGGCAAGCAAAUCCCUCCAAACAUAGUCCAUACAUGUCUACAGACCCCAGAGACCCGCUCUAUUUACUAGACUGCUUCGGACAACUCCCGACUCCUCCUCCGAGUCCUUUUACCAGAACGGGGUCAGCGAAAAGCAGUUUCUCAGGCAGUAUCUCAGACAUGGGGGAGCGCUAUAGCACACCGUCCCCACUGCUACAAGAACUAUCCGCGUAUACACUGCCGGAUCCACCCGUUUGGCCGAAUACGGAACAUUUGGGUGGUGUACGUAUGCCUGUGCAAGAACAACAUCUGCAGCAAUAUGGACCGGCGCAACAGGUACCAGCACAGCAUAUACCGGCGCAAAAUAUACCAGCGCAGCAUGUACCAACACAGCAUCCACAAGCCCAACCCACACCAACCCUCCACAUACCCAAGAAACGCGGCCCAUAUAAGACAAAGGACAAGUCACUCAAAGCGACUCGUAUCUCGCCAGAGAACAGAGUGGUGGGUAGAGGCGGUAUGGUCAGUUUGGGUCACUCGAAAGAGGUGACGGAUAUGCUCAAGGCGCAGGCAGAGGCGCAGGCACAAGCAUCAUCACAGGCGCAGGUACAAGCUCACGCCCAAGCCCAAGUUCAAACACAACCCCAAGCACCAGCACAGCCCCGGAAUGAGGAAGUACACAAGGAUGUUGAGUUGAAGUCAGAUAGGCCGCUGAUUACAGAUACCACGUCGAUAGAUGAGAACAGGGAUGAGCUAGUAUGUGGAGGUGCGGUACUGCCGCUGUGUCCGUAUACGAAUCAGACGGUGACUGUGACGGCGAAGGCGCAAGAGCAAGAGCAGGGAAGUGUGUCGAUGGUGGGGAAGACGGCAGAUGGCCGUGAGAAGGGGAAGGGGAGGGCGGUGCAGAUGUAG